UACUUCUGGGGAUCAAAUGUCAGAAUUGGAUAAGUAUCUCAAUGAAGCUACGGAGCCAGUAAAGGAUGAUUUUAAUAUUUUGUUGUGGUGGAAAGUUAAUAGCCCUAGAUUUCCUUAUUUGUCAUUGUUGGCUCGAGAUGUGCUAGCUAUUCCAGUAUCCACGGUUGCUUCUGAGUCUACCUUUAGUACCGGAGGACGUGUUCUUGAUUCCUUUAGGAGUUCUUUAACUCCUAGAAUGGCUCAAGCUCUUGUGUGCUAUCAAGAUUGGAUUCAAAAUUCAACAGUUUCAUUAGAUGUUUUUGAAGAACUUCAAGAGUUAAAUGACUUUGAAAGUGUUGAAAAUGAUUCUUCAUGGAAUGCAAUGGAACCUACCUUGUGAAUUGUGGGUAAGGUGUUUGUUUUUGGAUUUCUAAGGUAAAAAUUCAUAUUUGAAAGUAGUUGUAUUUGCUAGUUUUAUUUAUUAUUUGGUUAAGUGAUUAA